AGUCGCUCUGCCGGAAGUGGUAAAAGAACGGAAGUGACGUUGCUUUGAUGUAAAAUGGCGACCCUCGUACGUUAGUCAAAACACAACGUACGAGCACAACUCCGAUCGGUUUGAAAAAGAAAUAAGAGUUUCCAUCGAGGAAAUACCAACUUCUCUUAAUCUGUGGGCUCGUAUCAAGGUAAAUUUAUGAUUUAUGAACACAAUUUUUCCAAGACGUUUUUCACGCUACGGCCUCUAUUUGAACACGUUCUUAGUUAAAACUACGUAAACAAACGCGAAUCUUCUCGCUGCCCGUGUGUAAGGGUUAAUAUCAUGAUAUAUUUUUCUCAUUACAAUGUCGGUUGAAUUGAAAGUUUUGUUUUUCAAUCUUGUGGCAGCUUUAGUCAUGACUGAGCAGACCAGCGCGAGCUCCGAGGGGAUCGUGGGCCUGGAUGAGCCGAAAAAGAUGACACGGGAGGACUGGAGAAAGAAGAAGGAGCUGGAGGAGCAAAGGAAGCUGGGAAACGCUCCGGCUGAGGUGGACGAGGAGGGAAAGUAAGUUAAUGCCUGACAGCUCUGAUCGGCUGGAAUUUUCAAAGGUCCAAGCAGCAGAGGACAGUGAUGCUGAUUUAUGUUAAGUUUAUCAGCAUAUCUAGGGUCGCAGUUUGUGUUACAUCCAUAGACUGUGGAUAGUAUGGACGCCGUCUGUCUCCUCGCUGGGUGAAGCCACUCCGAGAACAGCACCCUCUGGUGACGGUCUGCAGUAUAGGUCAUAAAUCCCACCUCCUCCAGCAAUCCCUAUGGAGCUGUGAACCAACUUUAUAAAUUAAUUACACAGAAUAUAAAUAUUUCUCCUCCCUGGUUCUGAUGUUGACAUGUAGUUACAGUAAGACUGGUUUGUGCUCAAGUCCUCUUUUUUCCGUACAGCUCCAUUUUUUAAAGUUGUUAGGGGGUUCAUGUUUUCUAUGAUUGACACUUGAUACAGCCUAUGGGCGUACGAAGAUUGUAUAGCUCACCUGGGGGAUACACUUUUUGAGCUGAACGUCAUCACAGUGACCCUUCCGCUGAAUGCGUACAAUGCUCCUGCCCAAUGUUGGUUUCAGGAAGUGGAGAAAAAACUACAGAGAGCUUUUUGGCCUCAAAUGCAUAUACUCGAGGAGGGAGGAACCGAGUUGUCCAUAGUAUAUACAGUCUAUGAUUACAUCUCCCUGGUAAUGGUAUUGUCCGUGUCUUUUCAUGUUCUGUCCAAGUCUUUAUAAAUUAAGUACUCAAACACUCAACUUUAAAAGAUGAAGCAGGACUGUACGAUUAUGACCAAAACUAGAAUUUCAAGUAUUUUGAUCACACUUAGUACUCACACGACCAAUUUUUUGGAGUUGUAAUGAUUGUUACUAAUUAUUAUGUAUUUUAAAAUUACAUAUGCUACAUUUCACCCGUUGCCAGGGCUGCGCUGAGACAAAAGAGUAAGCUGUGGCUUUUCUGGCUUACUUCAUCUCCAAAUAUUUGGUCAAAGUCGACAUCAAAGCUGACCUUUCAUACGCACAGCCCGUUAUCUGAACUUGCUUACAUUGUAUUUUUUCACAUCAGUCUUUUGGAUCCAAUUUCUGCAGGUUUACAAUUUUGUUCAGCCUGGCAAUAUAUUUUUCAUGCUUGUUAAUGUCUACAAAAACACCCUGACAGCAGUUACCCUGAAUUGUUUGAGAAAAUAGUUUUUCAAAAAAAUUGUUUCCAAGUUUUAAUGAAUUUUUAUGGCAUUUUUCUGCAUACAUUUUUUUGCUGUCAAACAACCUCAUCUGCCACUAUACAGUCAUCUCCAGUUGAAAUCAUGACCAAAAAUCUAGCUUGGUCCAUGUCUGCCGUCUUGCACAUAUGACCUGCAUUGGGGUUAAUGCAUUAAUGAAUAACGCUCAUUUUUAAAAGCCUGGGAGUCUCUUCCUAUCUCUCCUAUCUACAUUAAAACCAGUGUUGUCAUAAUAAUGUGAACCUCUUGUGCUUUCCCCUUUCUUUUCUAGGGACAUUAACCCACACAUUCCACAGUAUAUUUCAUCAGUGCCAUGGUACAUUGACCCAUCCAAAAGGCCAACAUUAAAGCAUCAGAGGCCGCAGAGUGAAUACGAAAAACAAUACACAGCUAUUGGAGAGUGGUACAAGAGAGGAGUGCAAGAGGUUAGGAAAGUUCAAUGGGUUUCUUCAUCUCUCCUUUAAAAGUCAACCUGAAAGUUAAUCACUCUUUUUUUUCCUUUUUACAGAAUACAAUCACCACCAAAUAUCGAAAGGGAGCUUGUGAAAACUGCGGUGCCAUGACCCACAAGAAAAAGGACUGCUUGGAGGUAAUCCUGAUAACAAAUUUUAACCUCCCUGUAAAAAAAUAAAACCAGCUCAUUUGUCAUCAUGUGAUUGAAGAAUCUCAUAUGCUGCAUUGAUAAUCGUGUUAACUUUUGAUUCUUUUUUUCCCUCUGUCAGCGACCAAGAAAAGUCGGGGCGAAGUUCACCGGCACAGGCAUAGCUCCAGAUGAACAUUCUCAGGUACAGCUUGACUUGGACUAUGAUGGGAAGCGGGACCGCUGGAACGGGUAUGAUCCUGAGGAACAUCAGCGAAUUGUAGAAGAGUACGCCAAAGUAGAUCUGGUAAGUGGCUGGUUGGUUGGUUAAUAUAACUGGGUUUUACUGUGCAGCGUGGCAUCAAAACAACGGUAUUUCCUUUCUGUUCACCGCCUGAAUGUGAUUUUUCAUGUUUCUGCCUCUCAGGCCAAAAGGACACUUAAAGCACAGAAGCUUCAGGAUGAGUUAGCCUCUGGAAAACUGGAUGCAACUGUAAGUUUGUGCCAAUAUUUGAUUGUUCAUGUGCAAAUGAAAAAACUGAAAGACAAGUCCCUAACAUAGAAAGCUAACAUUGAAUUUUUUGGAUCUGAUCCCUGCAGGAGCGGGAACAUGACAGUGAAGAUGAGGAUGAAGAUAAAUAUGCAGAUGACAUCGACAUGCCGGGACAGAACUUUGACUCAAAGAGACGAAUCACUGUCAGGAAUCUGCGUAUCCGAGAAGACACAGCUAAGGUAGGAGAGACAUCCAGAAACACAAGCCUAAACCUGUUACCCUGUAUUUCCAUGACUAUGUUUGGCUGCCUUUGUUGUCUAAUGUUUGAGUCUACGAUUUCAGCCUUUCAUAUAAACUUUUCAUGACUUUGUCUCUCAGUACUUGAGGAACUUGGAUCCAAACUCGGCGUACUACGAUCCAAAGACUCGAGCUAUGAGAGAGAACCCGUACUCCAAUACUGGCAUGAACCCUGACGAGUAAGUCUCUGUUGCUGUCCUUCUUUGAAUUGAAUUGAUUGUCUUUCAUUGAAGUAACUCUCAAACUCUUUUUCCUGACAGAGUUGGGUAUGCUGGAGAUAACUUUGCUCGCUAUUCUGGGGACACAAUCACUAUGGCUCAAACACAAUGUAAGUCAUUAAGAGUUUUUUAUCUGUCUUACAGCUUUCCUACUUCAAUAUGUUGUUGUUUUUUCAUCUAAGUGUUUGAGAGUUAAGUAACAAAUUAUACACUACAUGAUGUCAGGCCAAAGCCAAGUAUUCCUGUAAUAAUGAUUUAAAUGACAUCUGAUAGGAAGAGAAAGCUAAUGCAUGACUAUUUUAGAGGUUAGGGAAAAGCUGCACGGCCUCUUCCUGCUCACAUCAUCAAAAUACAUUUGAAUACAUUCGAUGUGAUGCCUUAGAUCCCAUCAUUCAAAGCUUUAAGCUGCACCAUGUCUACAUGUCGACUCAGUUGUAUUCUAUUCUAUUAGUGUAUAAUGUUGUAUGCGCAACUCUUGUAAAUAAUGGUCAUUGGUUCGUCACAUGACAGUGUUUGCCUGGGAGGCCUAUGAGAGAGGCUCUGAAGUGCAUCUGCAGGCUGACCCCACCAAGUUGGAGCUGCUGCACAAGUCCUUUAAGGUCAAGAAAGAGGACUUCAAAGAGAUGCAGAGGGACAGCAUCCUAGAGAAGGUACACAGCUGCUGUAUUCUUUUGGCUGCAGGCUGUCAAACAGGUUGGCCACAAUCUUAGCGUAUAGCAUGAAUUUUGGAACACAUUACACUAAUAAUUCAAGUGUACUCUGAAUCCAGAGUGGAGGGUCAAAAAACAGAAAUUGAAUUUGUUUCUCUUGGGCUGUAGCUAGGUUUUGUUUAACAGGCUUAAGCAUGUAUACUUGCAGAAUGCUUAACUGAUGAUGUUUGUGCCUCUGUGUGCGAUAAUCAGUAUGGAGGUCAAGAGCACUUGGAUGCACCGCCGCGGGAGCUGCUCUUGGCUCAGACAGAGGACUAUGUAGAAUAUUCUCGUCACGGUGCUGUGCUGAAGGGGCAGGAGAAGGCCGUGGCUCGGUCCAAGUAUGAGGAGGACGUGCUUAUCAACAACCACAAGGUAAAGAUAAGAGAACACGCUGUGCCCCCUGAAAGGUUGGAUGAAUCUUUUACAUUUUAUGAUGCGUUAAACUGGGUCUUCUCUUUUUAGUGUAUUUGGGGCUCGUACUGGAAGGACGGCUUGUGGGGAUACAAAUGUUGCCACUCCAUGGUUAAACAGAGUUACUGCACAGGAGACGUUGGAGUUGGAAUUGUAAGUAGAUACACCAAUGGUUUCAAAGUUUCUGUUUUAUACACAAAGCACAUCACCUUUUAUAACCCUUGUUCUGUUUGUGCUUAAAAUCUGCAGAGCAAUACAGACUGUGUCCCGUUUGAAGAGGGGCUAACUGAGCCACAGGAAGAAGAAGAGCCAAAGUCUUUGCUGGAGGUGAGUACAACUGCCAGGAUUUAAGACUAGAUCAAUCAGAUGGUGUUUAUCCAUCUUCAUUUCAAUUGUAGAUCCAACUGAUGUCGAUAUUUUGAAUCCCCAGAUGCAUCAAGAAAAGAUGAAAGAAAAGAAGAAGAAAAAAAAGAGCAAAAAGAACAAGAAGCACCACUCUGACGACAGUGAUUCAGAGGAUGAGGAGAAGAAAAGGGAGAAGCUGAAGAAGGUAAAUUAACAUUUGUGUGCAUCUUUCUACAGAUAUUAUUUGGCUUAUUUCUCUGUGGCUGAACUCUAUUUUGUUUCCUCCUCUCAGGCACUAGAAGCUGAGGACAAGAGGGUGAAACACGUAGAGGCGAUAAUGCAGCUGGAUGAGAGGAAGAGGCCAUACAACAGCCUGAUGGAGGUGAAGGCGCCCUCUGAGGAGGAGAUGGAGGCUUUCAGAAUGAAACGCUGCAGGCCAGAUGAUCCCAUGGCCUCCUUCCUGGGACAGUGACCUCUUGAAAAUAUCCCCUGACUUCCAUGAACUCUCCCAAAGGACUCAACCAGAGCAGCUGCUCGAUGGAAAAAAGAUCAAAUCAAACUCAAAUGUCAUGUAAAUUUAGAGCCGGAGCUUCUUGUUCAGUAACGGACAGAGGAAAGUUUGUACAGUGUUUUAUUAAUUUUAUUUUGUACGGUUUAAACUUUUUAUGAACAAAAAAAAAAAAAAAGAAUUUUGUUCUGUACUGGUUCUCUUAGGCGACUCUCAGUUUUAAAGUAACGCCAUUAAAACACUUUGACUGAUGUUAUUACUUUGUUUUUAAUAAACCAUGAAGUUGUCUGGACGGAUAAA